AUAGUACCUUGCCCACUCCGACUAAGCCUUCACAUUUCUUCUCUAGCGUUACGCUGUCCCUUCUCUCGGUGAUUCCUCGAUCUCUCAGGCUACGUUUUGAUGGCUUACUGCAUCCGCCACUCUCCGGGCCGUUGCCAGUGCUAUCCGUCGCCACCUACCACCUUACAACGGUCAUCGUCGGCGACCCACACAGGCAACUUCCAUCGAAUGGAUGAAAGCCCUCGAGUCACGACGGCGCCUCCUCCUCAGCGGCAUACCAACAACAGCAGAUCUAUAGUGGUUAUACUCAAAUCAGAAUCUCCGAUAACCGGCUAUGUGUUGGGCUUGCCCAAUCCAAAUUCUAUACUGCCAGGGACUGUAAGGGAAAACGGGCAGGGCAUGGUGCUGCAAAUAAACAUUCCCCCAGAUAGCCAGCAGGAGUCCGUCGCCGUUGGUGGGAACGAGACGGUUGCCGCGCCCGCGCGCGAGAUCGGAGCUCCGGGGAGGCGAGGCGCAGGCGCAGGUGGGCGCGUGUUCUUCGUCGGGGGCACCCCGUUCGCGCUCUACCGGGAGGGAUCCGCGGGGCGGGGAGUGGUGGGGAACGCCGCGAGCGCAGCCGGGAUGGGCGCCGAGGAGGAGGAGGAGCCGGCGUCGGCCGUCGGGAGGGAGGGGGGAGGAGGAGGAGGCGGGGCGAGGGCCGCGGGGGCGGGGGCGGGGGGCGACACCGCCGACGACGACGACAGCGGGGAGAGCGCCGCGGCGGUGGUCCCGUGCUCGAUCUGCCUCGACGCGGUGGUCGCCGGCGGCGGGGACAGGUCCACGGCGAGGCUGCAGUGCGGCCACGAGUUCCACCUCGAUUGCAUUGGUUCAGCAUUUAAUGCCAAAGGAGUUAUGCAAUGCCCCAACUGUCGCCAAAUUGAGAGGGGGAAUUGGCUCUAUGCAAAUGGUUCGCGUCCAUCACAGGAUGUAAGUAAUGAUGAUUGGGGUCAUGAUGAAGACUUUUAUGAUGCUAAUCAACCAGAGACAUCAAGGAGUGUCUUUUUGCCAUUCCGCUUCCAAUGGUGUCCUAUUGGCCGCUUAGCCCAACUUCCAUCUGUAUUUGAUGAAGGAGAGUCAGCACCACCCGUAACCUUUCAUGAUUUCAUGGGACAGAACUUCACUUCUGAGCAUUUGCCUGUAUCAGCACCUGGGGCAACUCCUCCAGGCCCAUAUAUCGCUUACUUUCAGCCUCUUCAAUCAUCGGCAUCAUCAUCAAGUUCCCAUGUCACUGAAAGAACUAUGGAUGGCACCACCUAUCAUGAUCACUGGAACCCCCUACCUGGGCCAUCAGAUGGUCGACCAUUGGCUACAGUGCAUCCCAUUGAUUUCCAUCAUAACCACUGGACGCACCUGCCCAACUCCUAUUCUCAACCCAACAGCAAUAAUGGUGUAGCUGAGCAGAUGGCAAUCCCUGUGGUACCAAUGAGGGUUGGGGGCCUUGAUAGUGAUAGCCAACAGCGAGGAUCUCUCCCCUCAGUUUAUGGAAAUGGAUCUGGAUCAAGGUCUAGAAUUCCAAGUGUUCCUCCUAUGGCACCACAAUUCAUGAGGCCGCAUGGUAACAUCAACGAACAAUAUCAGCAGAAUUCGUCCAGCCUGUAUGCUGCGCCGCAGCGUAGGACUGCCGUGCAGGCUGUCCAAGACAGCAUGAACUUUACCCUGUUCCCGCAGGCUCCAACUGGCCCUAAUUCAAUGGAGACGGAGGAUGCCGGAGGCAACCAGUUCUAUGCCUGGGAGAGGGACCGCUUCGCCCCUUACCCGCUAAUGCCCGUAGAUUCUGAAGCAAACUGGUGGGGCAGCACGCCGCAAUCCCAUGGCGUGACGGAUCAUUCAGCUGCCCCCGGUAGGAGGCUAUUUGGUCAAUGGAUCGGCGCCGGGAGGUCGCCACCGCCGCCUCCACCGCCACCAGCGGACAACUCGUCGUACCGACAGAUGCACAUCCCUCGGAUGUAGCUUAGCCCCCCGACCGUCGCCUGAACCAACAAAGUUAAAUAUAAGAACCUGGAAAAAACCCCUGUUUGGCUGUAAGAAAGUAGGGUGAAGACACCGGUUGUAUGUCGUCCUGUGUUUGCGUGGUAAUUAGACUCCCGAGACAAAUAUGCAGGCAGGUGAAAAAAGAACACCAAGAACGCAAACCCAAACUACCCAAGGAGGAAAAACGUUUCAGCUUGGGUGUUUAUGUGGAAUUCGGUUCGGUGAAGCAUCAUAGUACAUAUUCCAAGCCAUGUUGGGGCUUCUUUAAAGUUGUCGCGUGUUUAUCGUUUGCUUGA